AGGAGGAGGAAGAGGAGGCGAUGUUCUCCCUUCACCCCUCCAGGACUCCAGUAAAGAUCCCAGAGUUGGAAGACGUUGGUGAAGAUGAAGACGCUGCUGGUGUUUCUGGUGUGUGUGGUCCUUCUGACCAUCACCACAGAUGCCAACCCCAUCAUCAAGGAGAGCUUUGCUAAGCAGCUCCUCCGUAGCAAGAGGCAGGAAAGGCCGAGGAAGGCGGGCCAUCCUGAUGAGCCAAUGAGGGAGCACAUGAUCCACAUGCAGGCUCUGGACCAGAGGGCACAGGAGACCAACAUGGAGCACUGGCUCAACCCUCAUUGCUACCCGCGCUGUGACAGGAACUACGGAUACCCUGUCUGAUGACGAACGACCAACGCGGCAAAAUGAUGGCAAAAGAAAAACGGACCCCGAAAUGUGUGACGACAGGAAAUGAUAUCUUUAAAGGCGUUAGUUUGUCACAAUGCAUGCCUUUGUAGUUAGAUCUAUAUAUGACGAAUAUGUGUGUGUGUGUUACAUAUUUACCGGCAUCUUAGAAUACAGCGUGCGUCAACUAAUUAUUUUAUGUGGUCAAUACAUUUGGUUAAUAAACAUUUUAUUGGAACGAAAUGAUUUAUCCGAUUAUUUCAUAAGCGCACGAGUUGAGUCUAAAAAGGAAAAGGCCUGUCCUAAACAAUGCGGAA